AGCAUAGUAAGCUUAAAAUCGUUAGGAUCAUUUUUUUUAAUUAACCCCUGUAGGUAAGGGGUUCAUAUUAUUAGCCAUGGUACGAAAAAAAGCCAGUAAUCCCCUGCAGCUGGGGGAUGUAGCCCAGCGCCUGGGAUCGUGGGACCUUUCCACUGUUAAUUCUGUGAGUGAUGCCCACCCUGACAUCGCCGCGCUCCUCAAGUCUGGCACGUCUGAUGCUCAGGAAGAUGAGGCUCAACCCUCCACCAGCGAGAAUGGAGGAUUCAACCUAACAUGGGUGAGGUGUUCGACUGCAUCAUCGGCUGAAGGAAGUACACAAGAUGAUGUUUUAACAUUGGUGUCUGAUGAUGAUAGCAGCCCUAAUGAGAUAGAGGAGCUGCCAGUCCUGCAGCCAAUCCUGAGCCUGGGAACAAGAGGCAGGAGAGACAGAGUAUCGAAAUCUGUGGUCUUCAAUGUUGCUGACGAAUACAGUGACAGCUCUGACGAUGACUACGUUCCUGUGCCUACCAGACGAAGUAGCGCCGCACGACAUGCAAGUCCUGACAUUGAUGAUUCCAGUGACGAGCUUGCCCAAGACGAUGAUAGCAUAGAAGUUCUGUCGGAAUCUGUGGGAACUCCACUCGACUAUGAGAGCGACGACGACAUCGUCCUCGACUUUGACGGAUAUGAAGUGGCCAGGAAAGCGAAACAAAGAAAAAAGCGCGGGGAGAUUCAGUAUUAUGGGGAAUUCGAAAAGGUUCUUGACAAUUUCUUAAUCAAAGUGAAGAUCAAUCGUGAUGACUCCAAGUCUGCUGCUUGCCUCUUCAAUGAGGUCAAAUUUGUUCUGUUUUCCGAUCUUGAUUUAUCCCUAUGGGAGAAGUGUGAUUCCUGCUAUUUAUAUAUCUGUCCUGAUAUCGACUCCAGUGCUCUAUAUUUUGAAUGGGCUACUGAACGCCCAAAGCCUCGUAAGCAAACUCAAGCUUCCAAAAAGAAGAAAAAACCCGACUCCUUCAAGCAUUUCCAACUGAGUGGUUUUGUAAAUGAUGCACUAUGGUGCGGUUUUGCUAGUGCCCGAAACUUUCAUUUGAAAUUUGCAUCAUUUGACCCGACGACGAAGGAAGUAACGGUGCAUGUGUACCUCCUUCAUUCAGCCUUACGGGAGCUGCAACACCCAAGCGAGGUGAUCACUUCAAUGCGGGGCCUCUCCGACACGGUGUGCCUCCUGUACGACAUAGAGCUCCCCGUGUACACCGGCACCAAGAAACUCAAGCAUGACUUCGAUAUCCUUUUCACAGCCGUGAAAAAUUAUCACGAGGGGAAGAAAUAUCUUGAUGAAAGCGUACAGCAUCCAUCCCUAAUUCCUGUUCUUAGACCGUACCAGCGAGCUGCUGUGCAGUGGAUGCUCUUCAAGGAAAACGUUAGAACUCGAGUCGAGGAAGACGAGGAACCAAAGAUGCACUGUCUCUUUGUGGAGCUCACUGCGCUGGACGGCACCAAGCUCUAUUACAAUAAGUACGGGGGUUAUUUCGUCAAAAACAAACCAAUUGAAAUUCUACCAACUCCUGGCGGUAUCCUUGCUGACGAAAUGGGUUUAGGGAAGACGGUCGAAGUGCUCGCGUGUAUCCUGAACAACCCGUGCGGUCCUUUGCCCAAGCCCGAGUACCUUGCGCCUGUUAUACUGGAGGAACUGCCUCAAGGGCGUCGCCGUAAAAAGAAAACAGCUUCCGACGAUAUCAUCAAUUUCGAUACUGAUGAGGAAGAGGAGAAAUCGAAUGAAGCUGAACAGGGAUCGAUUCCAAACAAUGAACUUUCGAACUCGGAUAAUAACGAUCUACUUGUGGCUAUCCGUGCGCUGUCACCGAAACCAGGCCUUAACAGUAGUUCUGAUAGCGAAAUAGAGGUGAGACGCUCGUCUCGAAAGAGGAAGCUCAAAGUUGAGAGUGAGGACGAGGAUUACGUCGUCGAGACAUCGCGCUCAAAGCGAGGCCCUCGUCGCGCCAAACCACAGCAACUAGUAAGCUCCGACGAUGAAGCCAAUGACGAAUCUUACGGCGGGAAACGUAAAAGGAAAGCCAGCAAAAAUCACACUGACGAUGACUCUAGCAAACCACGCACAAAGAGGAGGCGGAAAUGCAGUUUUAGUUACAGUGACAUGGACGACUUAUGUUACGACUCCAGCCCUGUGUCGUCUGAUGAUGAAGAGCCUUGCAAGACAAGAAGACGAACUAGACGGUCUCGGCAAACCGACUCCCCCGCCACGUCACCACCACCAAAGAAAGUCAAAAGAAAUCGAAUUGACGAAGAAAUCUCGCUGAAUCCCAACUGGUUGACCAUUGAAACGGUGAUACGAUCAGUUUGCUGGAACAAUGACGUCGCCAAGUACAAGAAGGAAGGCUCGUAUAAAGAAUUUGCAGACUAUUUGCGACAAGUGAAGAAGGAUCCAACUUACCUUAUGUCUUUAAAAGAGAAACUUUUUCUUCAAUAUAAACAAGAAACAGCGAUUUAUUCAUGUGCGAGCGCCGCAUCUAAAGAUUACAACAAGACCUGGAGACAGUCUUUCUUCAAGACCAAGGUGGCGCGGAAGGCGUACUUCGAGUGCAUCUGCGGUGAAGACAAGACGCCUCGGGACGCAGGGCGGGAGCAGGGCACCGUGCAGUGCAGCGUGUGCGGCCUGCACCAGCACGCGCGAUGUGUCGAGUAUGACACCCGUGACCCAUACCGCGGGGUGUACGUCUGUCCCCACUGCUGGACCCAACAGCCCCCUGUGCCAUCCGGGGCUACCCUCAUUGUGGCUCCGUCGUCCAUCACUUAUCAGUGGGUUGACGAGAUCAGCAAGCACCUGCGUCACCGGGCGCUGAAGCUGCUCGUGUACAAGGGCAUGGCUCACCAGGGCUACCUACAGCCGCGCACACUAGCCAGCUUCGACCUGGUCGUCACGUCGUACGAGACGCUCAGCAGGGAACUCAACUACGUCGACCUGCCGCACAGCAACAGCGACCUCGGCCGCAGGUUCCGGUACCCGAAGCGCUUCAUGGCCGCCCCCACGCCGCUGCUGAGUGUGCUGUGGUGGCGCUGUGUGCUGGACGAGGCACAACUCGUCGAGACCACCACAGCACGCACAGCACACAUGGCGCUGCGCCUGCAGGCACAGCACAGGUGGUGCGUCACUGGCACGCCCAUCCAGCGAUCACUGCACGACCUACAGGGUCUACUGCUGUUCCUGGGCGUGGACCCGUGGGGUCUGGAGACGUGGUGGACCCGCGUGAUGUACGAGAGUUAUUGCUACGGGGACGUGGGCCCCUUGCAUGCCCUCCUGCCUGGCCUCAUGUGGCGCAACACUAAGAAGGACAUCAUCCACCAGAUCGACCUGCCUCCUCAGACUGAAACUAUCCACUGGGUGCAGUUCAGCGGCGUGGAGGAGCACUUCUACCGGCAGCUGCACAACGAAUGCUCCCGCGACGCGCGACAUCGACUCUCUAAGUUCGGCGACCGCGUGCGACUCGGCGACCUCGACAGGAAAACUUUGGCACAUUUGCUCCAGCCGCUGCUCAAGCUACGACAAGCCUGCAACCAUCCACAGGUGGUGCGAGGGGCGUUCACGCGGCCACGCGAGAAGGGCCCCCUCAGUAUGGUGGAGCUGCUGGAGCGCCUCGUGGAGCGCACCAAGACGCAGGCCGAAGACGCGCACCGGGUCCUCGUGAAGGCCAGGAACGGCCUGGCCGCCGUCUGCGUCAUCAGGCACGAGUGGGCCGAAGCCGCCGAGCAUUACAGAGCUGUGCUGUCGUCGGCGGCGGAGCACGCGCAUCACUUCAAGACGGACUCGCUGCAGCGGCUGCACGCGCUGCACAACCUGCACGAGCUGCUCGCUGCGGGACACCCCAACAUCCCCCACACCCUCGAUGACGACGAGCUCGCACAGCGUGCUGCAGACAUCAAAGAAAAGUACCUGAAGCAAUACUCGACCAAAAUGAAGGAGGCGCAGAAGGACUGCCACCUCAACCAAGCUCAGGUGAUGCAGCUGGAGGAGGCGCGUGUCUCCAAGACGGACUGGUGGCUGUCCACCCUACAGGCUUUCGGGGACGACUUCGUCAAGGAGGUCCGCGAUGAGCUGCUGUCUCUAUACUCGCGAUUUGAAGAGAACAAGAGCGUGUUGUACCACGUGCUGAGCAAACAUCAGCUCAAGACGAUGCUUCAGACGCGCACCAAGCUCAUUAAUGCCCAACGCAAGGCGAUGAUCAAAGGAGUGGAGUCGCUCGCUGAUGCUGACCCCAAGGACCUCUUGGAAGCCGCCAUCGACUGCCACCUUCGACCCACUGAACGAAAGCCUCCCCAGUGCAAAAUAUGCGCCAUACACGAGCUCUUUCGCGAGUAUGAGAAGAAUCUGUUCCUCAUCACAGACAAGCAGCACACACGCACCACUGAGAAAUCAAAAGAAACUGCCGAUAUCAAAGAGAAAGCACAAGUGAUGGAAGCUACACGUAAAGGCAACUUUGGUUUGAGCGAAGUUGAGAAGAUAUUCAAGUAUCUUCAGACACGUUCUCUGGGCAAAGUGUCUGCCGAAGUCCACGAGGACGGACAAACACAUUUGAAGAUCUUUGAGGCGAUGAAGCGAGAGUUCUUCAAUUACCGAAUCUUUUGGCGCUGCAUCUUUGAUUUAGUGUCUGGACAUGAUGAAGUGAACAUGGCUACGCUCAGACUGCGUCUUCGUUAUCCCGACGAGGAACUCCCGCCUAAACUUCGCAAAGUGAAGAAGAAGAACGAAGGAGAUGAUCUGCUGCGCGACGACGUUGAGGUGCUGAGGUACGUCUUGGAAGAGAAUGAGGUCGCUGAAGAAGAACUCAAGUUCAGGAAUGAGAAGAUCGUUAAUGAGAACGAACUGCGGAUCAAACUUGGGCAAUUGCUGUACCUGCAGAAUCUUCAGAAAAAAGAUGUUAAUACCAGUGGUGGACAGAACCCUGAUCCUUGCCCCAUCUGUCAUUGUGCGCUGGGGGAAGAUUGGGCAGUCCUGUUGUGUGGUCACUGCUUCUGCAAAGGCUGCAUGAUGCUCAUCUGCACGAGGAAAAAUAUCCUCGUGGUAGGCUUACAGCGCGGGUCUGUCAAGUGUCCGCUGUGUCGUCAGUUGACGAUGGUUCGUGACAUAUCUUAUGUCGACAACAAAGUAUCUGUCAAGAAGGACGAAGACUUAAGCGUGAAGGUGGUGGGGAGCUUGUCGAGCAAAACUGAAGAGGUGGUGCGCGUGAUGCUGCGUAUCAAGUCUGAGGACCCUAAGGCCAAGGUGCUCGUCUUCUCCUCCUGGAAUGAAGUGCUCGACGUCAUCGCUGACGGCCUCGCCCAGAACGGCAUACCCUUCAGGAUGUUGAAGAAAGGCAACAAGUUCCAGGUAAACUUGUCUGCUUUCCGAUCUCGUUCGGAGAUCACGGCGCUGCUGCUGCCCAUCAUGUCGGGAGCGAACGGCCUGAACCUGACGGAGGCGGGCCACGUCUUCCUGGUGGAUCCUCUGCUGAACCCUGCUGCUGAGCUGCAGGCUGUGGGGCGUAUCCACCGCAUGGGACAGACCAAGGCGACGGUGGUGCAUCGUUUCCUGGUGCGUGGUACCAUCGAGCACCGCAUGUUCCGCAUACUGGGCUCUCUGCACCACUAUCCUGGCCGGGCCAAGACCACGGACGAUGACACUGAGAGUCCCGGGAAAAGUGAGGCGGGUGUAAACGUUGAUCGUCCCUCCACCUCUACUGAGGGUAGCGAUCAAGCAAUUGGUGGUCCGUCUACCUCUACUGAGGCUGGCCAUCAAUCAAUUGGUGGUCCAUCUACCUCUACUGAGGCUAACGAUAAAUCAAUUGGUGGAUCUACUAAGUCUGUUGAGGUUGACGAUGCGUCGAAAAGAACUGACGAUCCUAUGGAAGACCAAGAUGAAGAGGAGGAGGAUCAAGCUCCUCCUGCCUCGUCUGACGAGCUGUCCAUGACUAUAGGAGACCUUAAGACGCUCUUCGCGUUUCUGGGAGAGUCCGACUUGGCGGGUGACUUGGGCAUCCCACAGCCCUCGUGUAGUUCUACGUCCGGGAAGACUGCAGCUGCCGAAGUUGAUGUCACUGAAUCUAAAAAUAUUGAAGGCAGGAACGAAAGAUCGGACCUUCCUGGCAGUGAAGCGCCUUUGGUUCAAAGUGCAAUAGAGUCAACGGCCGAUAGACCGUCAGAUAUUGAUGCUGGCAAUGAGGUCUCAUCGUCCACUCAAGACGAGUCAAAGCUUCCGUCAAAUGAGGGUUUCAGCCAUCAACUUUCUUGCGAUGACAUUGCUUCUUCUAGCAGAGAGUUGCAACCAUUAAAGAUUUCAGAUCCCGAUGACGACUUGAAACCUUCCAACGUUCAAAAAUCUCUCGAGGAAAAAUCUUUCCGCGCAAGCGAUCAAAACAAUGACGCCCAACCUUCUGCAGGAGAAGCAAGUAUGGACCAAACUUCUGCUGAUGCUUCACCACAUUGUACUGAUGCUCUGAGAGGCGAUGCUCGCGUGUCGCCUGCAGAUGCCCCCGUGUCGCCUGCAGAUGCCCCCGUGUCGCCUGCAGAUGCCCCCGUGUCGCCUGCAGAUGCCCCCGUGUCGCCUGCAUAUGCCCCCGUGUCGCCUGCAGAUGCCCCCGUGUCGCCUGCAGAUGCCCCCGUGUCGCCUGCAGAUGCUCGCGUGUCGCCUGCACAUGCUCGCGUGUCGCCUGCAGAUGCCCUUGGUUCAGAUCAUGCAGAGUCCAAUUCCUCGGUUAGGAAUAAUAGAGACGAUGUCAAAGUUCCUCACAGUGCUAACCCUCCUGCAGAAACUAACCCCAUUGCUGACGCUACUCAUGUUAGCUCUCAACCUGAUUCAGAUAAUUCAUUCAACAUCUGCAACGUUGGUGACAUUGUUUCGAACGAGAAGAUUAUUCCUGGGGGUGUAGCAAACCUCACGCGCAGCUUUAAUAACACCAUACGGCAGUGCCAGGUUCUUGAUGCUGGUGGUGCGACUGUUACAACUGAUGCUGGUGGUGCGACUGUUACAACUGAUGCUGGUGGUGCGACUGUUACAACUGAUGUUGGUGGUGCUGUUGACACAGAUAGUGUGUUGAGUGCUGAUGCGAUAUCUGAUGCAGAUGAUGACGUUUCCCAAAGCAUUACCGGCGAUGCCGGUACCACUGAUGCUGGUGAGGCUCUUGCCAGUUCUACCACACCAUCCUGUAACCAUAAUGCGGUUGGCGUCACCGAGGACAGCUCUUCGUCUUCGUCUUGUACUGAAGGCCCCGACGCUGAUUUCGUUGGUUUUGCUGCCGUCGGGGCUGGGGAAGAGGAGGCUUGAAUUCGCUGUUUCUGUUUCUCUGUUGUACGAUGCAUUGCAAAUGUGGCAUUCCAAUAUUUAGCUUAAAUAGGAAGCGUUCACCACCAAAGUACGGGUAGCUGUCCUUUUAGGUAUAUGUUCGUCAAAGUGCAGGUUUCAAUGACUCGAAUUAUUUGUCAUUCACAAGUAUUUUAGGCAAAAACUUGUGAAAUUCGUUAUGGCGAAUAAUUUUAGCCAAAAAGUUAAUGAAUUAAACAAAGUAGCAGUUAGGGACAUGUUACAGUAAAAAAAUCAUUUAUUAUUUCUGCUCCACCAUAAAUCAAGUUGAUAAAUAUUGAAACGUUCGCACAACUGUAGGAGUCACACAUAUGAUCCCUGUCCCUAGUACGAAUAUUCGGAAAACAUUUUAUGAUUAAACUAAAAUUUGAAACUGAACCUCCAUCAACAAAUGAAUUAUAUUGGCUGGAGAGUAAUGGCGUGAAUUAUUGAAUUUUAAUUACAAUCACCGCAAAUUUGCUGUAAAUAUUUUUGUCGACGAUGUGGAGAUUACGUCACGAUUUAUCUCGAGUAUUUCGUGAGAAACUUCUGUGUUGUAAGCAUUUUAUGUUACUUCAUUGCUUGGAAAUCUCGAUUAUUACAAGCGUUGAUCCAAUGACUAGCAUAUGCAAAAUAUCGAUUUUAUUUCUUUAAACGGAAUGCUAGAAUUAAUGGUGGUUAAUUUUUUCGACUGAGCUGUACAUCUCAACCUCAUGCUCUUCAUGUCAGUAAUAACGGUGCCCUCAUCUCCAAUUCUAUGGUAAUUUGCUCAUGUAAAGUUAACGAAGGAGCAACGGUAUUUACAUCCUUCACUUCCAAAUGAAUUUUAUUGUCUACUUUUGUGCCAUUCGUAAUGGUUGUGUUGCAAUAAUUUAACUGAAGCAAUUCUCGACCACCUGCGUGUGUUGUGAUUUAGAUUUGUUGAUUUAUGUUCCAGUGUUCUUAGAAGAAAAUUACGGUUAUUUUUAAAAUAGCAGUAUUGUUUAAUGCUUGCUUGUUGUUCUUCAUUGCUCAAACAUCCAAUCAGAGAAAUAAGUGGGAUUUGUUCAAAUCGCAAUGCACUCCUACUCCUAUCCAUUAAGUGGGCCAUCCUGACUCAAUUUGGCUCCGCUGAAGGACAUAUCAGUGCUACAUCCUAUAUCUGCUCGAACUGUGUGUAUAAGAAAUUGUGUCACUACGUGGAUAGUUUGACUUCUUCAUUUUUCUGCGUGUAUAAUUGACUAUCUAUCCACUAUCAUCGUUACGAAGCACUUAACCUCCACUGGAUCUCUUAUUUUUGUCAGCACAAAACUCACUGUCAUUUUUAUCUUAUCAGUUCGUUUUAUGAGCAAAGGUUCUUGCCCGCCAGGCUGCCGUCCAUGACGCGUAUGCUGACGUGAGAAUAACGGUUUUCUGACGUUUAAUUUCUGGCGUUACUGGCCGUAUUUACGCGAGAUAUAAGAGUAAAGUACGUGAUCAAUACUCAGUUCUCUAAACAUGCGGGAGCAUGUAAACAUUUCUUUAACUCACCUCCUCCCGUCUUAUUUUCUGUUCAAUGCGAUUGUUUUCACGUUGUUCCACUGUGUUUUAUAUUGAUUUAUUAGUACAAGGUAAAUAGUGGUUAAAUUUCUUGUACCAUAAUUUUUUUAUAUUAGUACUGGCCUCAUUUCUUUCCUUCUAUCAUUUUUACGCUCCUUGAUUUUCUGUAUAUGCUGUCUUUGCUUCGCUUCACUGCUGUGAUAUCGGUUAAAUCUCGUUCUCUAUGCCUAGGGCAUUUAUUCUUGAAAUUUUCAACUUUCGUACCUGAAAUUUGGUUGUAAGUAUCAGUGUUUCGUUUCUCAGACGCUAUAUUAUCUGCGCGAUUAUACUAAUGUAAGUAACUGGACGUAAAUGUAUUUGAUUAAAAAUAAACUCUUCAA